AUGGCUACUAUCAAGUCAGAUCCAUCUGAAAUGGAUGAGAAUUACCAAAAUGGCAAUGUCGAGUUCGUUUUGUCUUUGCGUUGUAACACAUUCACCGGCUUGGCAUAUGCCUCGUUCCAGUCCCUCAUUGGCUCCGCCACAAUGCUUUUCUCCGCACCGUUGCUUUCCUUAGGACAUUACCUUGCUGUGGGCGCGAAACAGGUCUUGUCGAGGCAAGAUCUGUUCAUGGCGGCAUGA